UCACCGAUCACGUGACUUAUUUCAUCUUCCAAUCGCAUGCCGAGGCCUGUCACGUGAUUGCUUCCCGCGGGGGAAAACUGAACGCGCUGGAAUCGUCAUCUCUGAAUAACCAGUGCGGCUGCGAAGGAGUUAACGGGUGAAGCCGCGCCGCGUUGCAUGGCGGGUAAUGUAGUGCGCUCGCGCUCCUCCUCCCGCCCCGCGCCUGGUACUCGGGUGACGUCCAACAAACUACGUUUCCCAGAAUGCAGAGCGGCGAGGGACGUGUGGUUGUCAGUGAAUGGCCGGGCAGGUCGUCGGCUUUUCCUGCAGAGAUUUAUCCGUCAUUCUCCGUCCACAUCAUCAGAUCCCCGGGAUCCUCACUGUCAGCUGUAGGUAGGGGUGCAGAGGGGGCACCGCAGGACCAAAUGGGGCUUUUCAUCCAUCUUUACCUCCUUUUCCAAUUCACGAUAGCGCUGUCGCUGGACGAGCAGACGGAAUACACAGAAUGUCAUGGCGGCUGGCAGCGGAACCAUUACUGUCCGGUGCAGGAGGAGGAGAGCUGUACGGUGGAGAGGAGAGACGCCUCCAUCACUUACUCAGAGUUCAUCAAUCAGUACGCCUACAAGAGGCCGGUCAUCAUUCAGGGAAUCACUGAUAAUUCGGCGUUCCGGUCACUGUGCAGGAAGGAGCAGCUGCUUCAGAUGUACGGAGAUCGCAGCGUCCGGCUGAGCACCGCAAACACCUAUUCCUAUGAUAAAAUUGACGUCCCGUUCCAGGAAUACAUUGAGCACUUCCUGAGACCACAGGACCUGGACUCUCUGGGUGUGGAUACUUUGUAUUUCUUUGGUGAUAAUAACUUCACAGAAUGGGGGUCUCUGUUUCAGAAAUACACCCCUCCUCCGUUCCGGCUGCCUGGCACCACCGGGGCUUAUAGUUUUGGCAUAGCUGGUUCCGGUACGGGGGUCCCAUUCCACUGGCACGGGCCCGGCUACUCCGAGGUGAUAUAUGGCAGAAAGCGCUGGUUUCUUUACCCGCCCGACAAGACGCCUGGGUUUAACCCUAACAGAACCACACUGUCCUGGGUGCUGGAGACCUACCCGCUGUUACCUGCAGCAGAACGGCCUGUAGAGUGCACGAUCAGACCUGGGGAGGUUCUCUACUUCCCAGACCGCUGGUGGCACGCAACACUGAACCUGGACACCAGUGUCUUCAUCUCCACCUUCCUGGGGUAGAGAUGCUGCUUCUUAUCUUUAGAAAUCAGAAAACUACUAUGAGGCUUGAACCUGUGACCCGCAGCGAUAUCCGGCGUCUCCUCCAAAACUGACCUGACGAUGGAGGACGCACUGGUGAUACCAAGCUGAUGGCGCUGCCCAUGGACCACUGGGGGGGGGGGGGUAUAUUUAUAUUUUUCUAAUGUAUUUCGUUUAACUGACAAGUUCCAUGUCAUUUUUU